GGAAGCCAAAAAAAAGAAGAAAAGGUAAUAGAGCCCCUCCUCACCUUGAAACUUGUGAUCGAAUGGCGGACAAUAUAAAUAAAUAAAAAGUAAAGAAGAAUUUCCAGGCUUUCUCCAGCACAAGCUGCUUUUCGACUGCUAACUCUAGUAACCAAAGGUUCCCGAGUUUAGCAAGAGAGUCUUAAAAGCUUAAAUUUCAGGUAGAUAUAAUUAAACUAAAUUACCCCAGAUCACGUGAUGCAUCCACCCCUCUUCUCACACUCUACCCACGCUCCUACUUCUCUUCUCUUCUAUUUCUGAAUCCAAAAAAAUAGAGGGAGAGAGAGAGAUGCUCUGUUUUUCCCUGCAAGUGCCGUAAAAUAAGAAGGAAAAAAGGAAAUCAUAAGGGAGCAAAAAGUGAAAGAUUUGAUGGGCUCGGUCUUCUUCUUGCUUCCGAUCAUCUCACGGGCCCUAUAGAGAUGGCUUGUACCUUGUAGACCCUCUCUCUCUCUCUCUCUCUCUCUCUCUCUACUGUUCUUUUUUGGAGUCAUUAGUCCUUUGGAGAGGAGGGAAUGGAGGAGGAGAAGAAAGGCAUUGCUGCGCUCCUUCUGUGGAUGGUUUUUCUCAGUGGGGUUUGCUCUGUUUCUGCUGCUUCUCCAGCAAAGGUGGUGAGUGGGGUUUUCUCCAAUGCGGCGUCUGCUGUCUUGAAGCGGCUGUGGUCGCUGAAAUCCACCACAAAGACUGCGAUUUCUGGUCGUCCGAUUAUGAAAUUCGAGAGCGGGUACACCGUGGAGACGGUGUUCGACGGGAGCAAGCUCGGGAUCGAGCCCUACUCUGUGGAGGUGACUCAGAGUGGGGAGCUUCUGGUUCUGGAUUCUGCGAACAGUAAUAUCUACAGGAUUUCGCUGCCAUUGUCUAGAUACAGCAGACCUAAGCUUGUUGCUGGUUCACUAGAAGGGUAUGCUGGUCAUGUUGAUGGAAAGCCACGAGAAGCAAAGAUGAACCAUCCAAAGGGAUUUACGGUGGAUGAUAGAGGGAACAUAUAUGUUGCGGAUACCAUGAACAUGGCAGUCAGGAAAAUUAGUGAUACAGGUGUUACAACUAUUGCUGGGGGAAAGAGGAAUAGAGGAGGGCAUAUGGAUGGCCCAAGUGAAAAUGCAAAAUUUUCCACUGAUUUUGAAGUAGUUUAUGUUGGUAGUAGCUGCUCUCUUCUGGUUAUAGACAGGGGGAACCAGGCAAUUCGGGAGAUACAGCUCCAUUUUGACGACUGCGCCUACCAAUAUGAAACUGGCUUUCCUCUAGGAAUUGCAGUGCUUCUUGCUGCUGGUUUCUUUGGUUACAUGCUUGCGUUGCUUCAACGUCAAGUGGGAGCUAUUAUCUCUUCCAAAGAUGAACCUCAAACUCCUUUCAAGAAAGCAAUGAUGCCUCCAUACCAGAAGCCUUUCAAAGCAUCAGUCAGGCCACCACUGAUCCCACCUGAGGAUGAACCAGAGAAGCAACAAGAUGAAGAAGAAGGCCUCUUCAGCUCACUAGGAAGGCUUCUUUCUGGAGCCAGGUCAUCUAUAAUGUCGAUCUUUGGCACGGUGUUUUUGAGUUUCAGGAGAAAAAAACCAGCUAACCAACACCACCAGCAGCAGUGGAGGUCAAACAGUUGCCCAGUGCAGGAGAGCUUUGUGAUCCGGGACGAAGAUGAGCCACCCCCACCAGUGGAGACCAGAACACCCACCCCACAUAAGACCUAUGCCUUCAUGUCAAAAGAACCAGAAAAAAUCCACCAUCUCCGGCAGGGAAGAGCUUAUUUUAGUGGCUGGAAUGGGGAACCACAACAACAGCAGCAAAUGCAGCAGCAGCACCUGAAACAGCACAGGCAUUACUCCUUGGGCCCGCAGACUUACUAUGAGCAGAGCUGUGAAACAACCAAUGAGAUUGUGUUUGGAGCUGUCCAAGAGUCAGAUAGCAAGCGCAGAACGGUGGAGAUUAAGGCUGUGAAUUAUGGGGAUUCUAUCUAUGAUCAGUUUGGCACGCGCUUCCGUAAUAAUUACAUGGGUUACAACAAUAACUAUUACAUGAGUUAGAUUUCUUCUCCUUUCUUCUUUACAUGGCAAAGCUUGACUGGUGAGCAUCAUUACUGGAGUAACAAAGAUUAAAGCCGAAGCUUAAGAAGACUGUUACCUGUUUGGGAUUCAUGUGCACAAUCUUCCGGUUUUAAAUCCAUCUGGCGAAUCAGCCUAGUUCCACGAUCUGAAAUCAUCAAGGCACAUAUAUUGGGGACAUACACCAGCUCAAAAUCAUUUGAAAAAGAUGCAUUCUGAGCAGGCCCAUCAAUAUGCCCUGUUUUCUUUGAGUAACCUCCAGCAAUUGUGGUGGUCAUGCCUAAAUAGUACCAAUUAAAAGGAGGUCUGUAUCAAGUAGCAUAAUAGAGAAAAAUAGGCAACGAUAAAAACUGGAUAUAUGUUCUUUUAAUGUCAAGCAGAUUCUCUGUUUUAUUUGCAGCAAAAGAUUUUUUUUUUUCA